AACUAGAAAAAAUUCAACACAAUUAUUACUAAUUUGAACAUAUGAAUCAUUUCACUAAUAUUUGCAUUUUAAAUGGGUGUAAUUCCAAGUGAAAUGUGAUAAUGAAAUUUGUGACGCAGGGAAUAGCCUAUCGAUACCGACUUAUCAAUAUUAUAGAUAGCUUUGAUAAAGUAUCUUUAUAGUAAAUAGCCUAUAUAAGCGAACUAGGGAUAAUUCUAAUUUCAGUAACCACUUGAAUAGUCAACAUGAGGUUCACAUUGGUGCUCUUAAUUACAUUUUUCGUAGGGUUAACAUAUGGAAACGAUUCCAGAUGGAAAGAUUGUCAAGAUACGUUUUGCAAAAGGCUUAGAGGAAGUCCAGGGAGUACCAAAGUAUCAUAUUCCGUUGAUUUGGCAAGUCUAAAAUUGAAAGAAAAGAAAGUGGUGGGGGUUUUAAAGCCUAGUGUUACAAAUGCAGUGACAUUAACACUCACUAUAAGCGUAUUGGAAGACAAAAUAUGUCACAUUUCCAUCGACGAAGAGAAAGCUCCAACAACGCCGCGUUAUAAAGCACACGACGCUCUGGUUGAAGGUGGAAAAAAUUUUAAAAUAGUAGAACCCAAAGUUUCUGGCAACACUGGUACUGCUACUGAAGCUUCAAUCACGUACGACGACCUCAAGGUUACCAUUUACAAGAGUCCCAUGAAAUUUGAGUUUUACAAGAACGACACCCUGUUUUCAGUUGUAAAUGCAAAUAAUCGUUUUGUAUUCGAAACAUCAGGCACAGAAACAGGAGUCGGUUUGGACAUUUCAUUUAAAAAUGUUCAACGUGCAUAUGGACUACCGGAACAUGCAGACCAUUUAUCACUUCGAACCACCGUAAGAGAAGAACCGUACCGUCAUUUUAAUUUGGACUACGGUAGUUACGAAUUGGAAUCCACUCAAGCUUUAUAUGGAGCAAUUGGAGUCCUGUAUGCGCACGGCAACAAGCUCUCAUCGGGUGCUUUUUGGUUAAACGCGGCUCAAACCUGGACUGAUAUCACCAACAGCCCAAAUCAAAUUGAUGCCUACUUUAUGAGCGAAUCGGGUGUCCUAGAUUUGUUUAUACUACCCGGACCUACACUUCCUCAGGCGGUUAAGCAGUACAGCACGUUAACAGGUACCGCAUCUUUACCUCAGUACUUCACUUUAGGAUACCACCAAAGCAGAUACAGUUACAUGAAUCAAGAUGAUGUUGUUGACGUAGUUAAGAAUUUCGAUGAAAAAUUGCUACCAAUCGACGUGAUGUGGUUAGAUAUCGAUUACACCGAUGAGAAGAAAUAUUUUACUUGGGAUCCUAAAAGAUUUAGCAAGCCCCAGGAAUUAAUUGAUAACUUAGCAAAAACUAAUCGUAAACUGGUAGCUAUUAUCGAUCCACAUAUUAAAAUUGACGACAAUUAUUUUCUCCAUAAAGAGGCCAAGGGGAAAUAUUAUGUGCGCGAUUCUUCAGGAACAAAGGACUUCGAGGGAAAAUGUUGGCCAGGUAUGAGUAGCUACUUAGAUUUUCUUAAUCCCAAAGCAAGAGAAUACUACGGUAACUUAUAUCUGACAAAUCACUUUGAGAAUAAGAAUGUACAUGUAUGGAAUGAUAUGAAUGAACCUGCAGUUUUUGAGCAACCAGCAGACGAACACUCAAUGCCACUUGAUGCAACGCACUAUGGAAAUCGCAAACACAGAGACGUUCAUAACAUAUACGGAUUUUAUCAAACUGUUGGAACAAAAGAGGGAAUGAUGAAACGCAAAGACAAAGUGCGUCCAUUUAUAUUAACGAGGUCCCACUUUGCUGGUACCCAACGUUAUGCGGCAGUAUGGACCGGUGACAAUGUAGCCACGUGGGAUUAUAUGAAAAUCAGUUUUCCAAUGUGUCUUACAGAAGCUUUGGCCGGUAUCAGUUUCUGCGGAGCCGAUGUUGGCGGUUUUUCGGGAAUUCCUGAUGAUGAACUAUACCAAAGGUGGUAUCAAGCCGGAGCCUGGCUGCCUUUCUACCGUGGACAUUCCGCUAUAGAUGUGCCGAGACGUGAACCCUAUUUAUAUGGAGAUGACGUUCAAGGACGUAUACGGGCAGCACUUCACCAACGGUAUAUCCACAUUCCCAUGUGGUAUACCUUAUUUUACGAACACGAGAGGGCAGGAGAACCGGUAAUUCGUCCGAUCACUUACCACUACCCUGCUGAAUCCGAUGCAUUCGAUAUCGAACAUGAAGUGCUAAUAGGACAGAAUAUUUUAGCUGCACCGGUCAUGGAUAAGGGAGUUUUGCAUCAUAAAGUUUACUUGCCUGGUGGUAGUGGAGAGGUAUGGUACAACAUUGAUGACAACUACAGACCAUACAAUGGAACCGGUUACCAUUUAAUCCCAGUAAAUCUCAACUCAAUGCCAGUAUUCUACAAAGCUGGGAGCAUAAUAUCUAGAAAAGACGCAAUGAAGCUUACUUCCAUUGACACCCUCAAAGAUCCGUACACCCUUUACAUUGUGUUAAAUGGAAAUGGAUAUGCAGAAGGAAAACUGUACGUUGAUGAUGGUGAAACAUUCUCGUAUCAAGACAAGAAAUAUUAUUACGUUAACUUUGUUUUUGAAAACAAUACUUUAACUGCAAAAGCUCUAAGCAAUACCACCUACGCAGAUGCGGCUCCAAUAACCAAUUUGGUUAUUAUCAAUCCCCCUCACACUAUAAAACAAGUGAAACAAAUUAAUGGAACUUCCGCUAUUGAUUUAAAUAGCAGCUACAAUGAAAAGCACGAUUUAUUAUUUGUCACUAACUUCACCGCCAAAUUACAAGAAGGUAUUGACAUUAAGUUUACGUCAUCUGCAUCCAUAUUAACUUUAAGCAUCGGAGCAUUCAUAGCAGUAUGCAUCUCAAUAGUUUAUAACAUAUAAUAAUUGUACCUAAUAACUUAAUGUAAUAAUUUCGAUAGUUAGUAAAUUGGAAAUUUUU